CGUGUUUCUUUCUCAUCAUCUUCCUCGAAACAGAGCAAGGACGAAUCUCAGAGUCCUGAUUUUUAUUGCGGCGCGCGCACUCAGUGUCUACGCCUGUUUUCGAAUCGACACAGACGGGAAUCGAUCGCAGCGGUGUGCGUGUAAACCCGAGAUCUUCGGCCUGGAAUGCAUUCUUUUUUUUUUUUUAAUUACCCUACUUUGCGGUCGCCCUUUUUAUGCUGCGUCCAGUUUCAAAGACAUUAGAGAAAGACAAAAGGAUAUUCCGGUUAUCAUUGGCCCAAGUGGGGCUCGUGCCGUGUUUCUUUUUGGCUAAGGCCCGGAUGUUCUAAGGAUGCACUGGUUCGUUUUCUUAGACAGCACCAGUGAAUAUUUAUUCCCGCUUUUUAACUCCAUAAUGGGAAUCAGGUAAUAUCCACUCAACCCACAGAGGGGGCAACUUUGUCCUUCUUCCUUCGUCUUUUUAAUUUUCUUUCCAAUUUUGGGAUGUUUUUCUACCGACCCCCUUUUUAUUUUACAACCCUUUUUGCUUCUUUCACGGUACCGAUACAAAAGCUGGGCUGCGUCUAUGUACAGUGAGAGCAAAAAAUGUAUAUACCGGAGGAAACCCUUGAAAACCAUCAAGGUUCUAACUACACCAGCCCAUCUCUGGUUAUGGUGUCUAAUGUGAGUGAGCAGGAGCACAGUGUGAGCGUUAGCAAAGGUGGCAUGGUUGGUCUGGCACCAGAACACAUCCCAACACCCAAUGCCGCCCUCAGCUGGCAGGCAGCUAUCGAUGCAGCACGUCAGGCCAAGCUGAUACGGAGUGCAGCAGCAGCACCCAUCUCCACAGCAAGUUCAACACAGCAACAACGUCAGCACUACAGCAAACCCAAGAAACAGACGAGCACAGUGGCCACACGGCCCCCACACUCCCUUCUCUGCCUUACCCUUAAAAAUCCCCUCCGGCGAGCCUGUAUCAACAUUGUGGAGUGGAAACCCUUUGAAAUCAUCAUUUUAAUGACUAUUUUUGCUAACUGUGUUGCCUUAGCUGUCUACAUCCCCUUCCCUGAGGAUGACUCCAAUGCCACAAACUCCAAUCUGGAGCAAGUGGAAUAUCUCUUCCUUAUCAUCUUUACAGUGGAAGCAUUUCUGAAGGUCAUUGCAUAUGGGCUGCUAUGUCACCCCAAUGCCUAUUUAAGGAAUGGCUGGAAUCUGUUGGAUUUCAUCAUUGUGGUUGUCGGGUUGUUCAGUGCUAUAUUAGAACAGGCCACGAAAGGAGAUGGAGGGACACCUAUUGGAGGGAAAGCAGCAGGCUUUGAUGUGAAGGCCCUGCGUGCUUUCAGAGUACUGAGACCCCUACGAUUGGUGUCUGGUGUGCCCAGUUUACAAGUAGUAUUGAACUCCAUAAUUAAGGCCAUGGUUCCUCUGCUGCACAUCGCUCUGCUUGUACUCUUUGUGAUCAUCAUCUAUGCCAUCAUCGGCCUCGAGCUUUUCAUGGGGAAGAUGCAUCGUGCAUGUUUUUUCUUCAGAAAUGGACACAGAGGAUCUAUAGCUGAGGAGAAGCCUGCACCUUGUGCCCCAAAUAAUGCCCAUGGGCGGCACUGCACCCCACCCAACGUCACUCAGUGCAUGAUGGGAUGGGAGGGACCAAAUAAUGGCAUUACAAACUUUGAUAACUUUGCAUUCGCCAUGCUGACAGUGUUUCAGUGCAUCACCAUGGAGGGUUGGACUGAAGUCCUUUAUUGGAUGCAGGAUGCUAUGGGCUAUGAGCUUCCCUGGGUCUAUUUUGUCAGUCUCGUCAUCUUUGGAUCCUUUUUCGUUCUAAAUCUGGUUCUUGGGGUAUUGAGUGGAGAGUUCUCGAAGGAGCGUGAAAAGGCAAAGGCACGCGGAGAUUUCCAGAAGUUACGAGAGAAGCAACAGCUAGAAGAGGAUCUAAAGGGCUACCUGGAUUGGAUCACUCAAGCUGAGGACAUUGAUCCAGAUAAUGAGGAGGGGCUGGAUGAUGCCAAACCCAGAAACUUGAGUAUUCCAGCAAGUGAGAAUGAGUCGGUGAACACCGAUAUCCCUCCCACUGGAGAUUUGGAGGGAGAACCCUGCUGUAUUCACCUAGUAAAUAGGAUCUCCAAAUCCAAAUUCAGUCGAUAUUCUCGUCGCUGGAAUCGUCUGUGCCGGCGUAAAUGUAGGGCUGCUGUGAAGUCGAAUGUCUUUUAUUGGCUGGUGAUUUUUUUUGUGUUCCUGAAUACUCUAACCAUUGCUUCAGAACAUCAUAAGCAACCACAAUGGCUGACUGAUGUACAAGAUAUCGCCAACAAGGUUCUCCUCGCUCUCUUCACUGGAGAAAUGCUUUUGAAGAUGUACAGUUUGGGACUGCAGGCGUAUUUUGUCUCACUUUUUAAUCGCUUUGAUGGUUUUGUGGUGUGUGGUGGGAUACUAGAGACCAUCCUGGUGGAGACGAAGAUUAUGUCCCCUCUAGGCAUCUCAGUGCUGCGUUGUGUGCGCCUGCUGCGCAUCUUCAAAAUCACCAGGUACUGGAACUCUCUCAGCAACCUGGUAGCAUCUUUGCUGAACUCUGUCCGCUCCAUCGCCUCCCUGCUGCUGCUGCUCUUCCUUUUCAUCAUUAUUUUUAGUUUGCUUGGCAUGCAACUGUUUGGUGGGAAGUUCAACUUUGAUGAGACACGUCGAAGCACAUUUGACAACUUCCCCCAGUCUUUACUCACAGUCUUCCAGAUUUUGACUGGAGAGGACUGGAACUCAGUAAUGUAUGAUGGGAUUAUGGCCUAUGGUGGACCAUCAUUUCCUGGCAUGCUUGUAUGCAUCUACUUCAUCAUUCUCUUCAUCUGUGGAAACUACAUCCUCCUGAAUGUCUUCUUGGCCAUUGCAGUAGACAACCUUGCAGAUGCAGAGAGUCUGACAUCAGCUCAAAAAGAGGAAGAAGAGGAGAAGGAGAGGCGGAAACUGGCUAGAAUGGCUAGUCCGGAGAAGUGGCAAGGCAAUGAGAAACUUCCACUUGAGAAAAAAGAGGAAAAGAUUGAAAUGAAAUCAAUUACCUCAAAUGAAGAAACUCCAAAAACCACCAAGAUCAAUAUUGAUGACAACGGUGAGAAUCCAUAUCCAGUGAAUGACUUCCCAGGAGAGGAUGAUGAUGAGGAGCCAGACAUGCCAGUGGGUCCAAGGCCAAGGCCUCUUUCAGACAUUCAUCUGAAGGAGAAGGCUAUUCCUAUGCCUGAAGCAAGAGCCUUCUUCAUCUUCAGUCAUACAAACAAGUUUCGAGUUUUGUGUCAUAGGAUUGUCAACCACAAUAUCUUCACCAAUCUCAUCCUCUUCUUUAUUCUGCUAAGUAGUAUUUCUCUGGCUGCAGAGGACCCAGUAAAAAGUGACUCAUUCAGGAAUCAGAUUCUAGGUUAUGCAGAUCAUGUUUUCACAGGUCUUUUCACGAUAGAAAUCAUAUUAAAGAUGACAGCAUAUGGAGCAUUCCUCCAUAGGGGUUCUUUCUGUCGUAAUUAUUUCAACAUUCUUGAUCUGGUGGUGGUCAGUGUCUCUCUCAUCUCUUCUGGGAUUCAGUCAAGUGCCAUUAAUGUUGUGAAGAUUUUGAGAGUUCUUAGAGUCCUCAGACCUCUGAGAGCCAUUAACAGAGCCAAGGGCCUCAAACAUGUAGUCCAGUGUGUAUUUGUAGCAAUCCGCACCAUCGGGAACAUUGUUAUUGUCACCACUCUGCUGCAGUUUAUGUUUGCUUGCAUUGGUGUGCAACUAUUUAAGGGCAAGUUCUACUAUUGCACAGACUCUUCUAAACAGACCGAGACAGAAUGCAGUGGGACUUAUAUUCUGUAUAAAGAUGGUAAUGUUGGAAAGCCAGAAAGAGCUCAUCGUAGUUGGGAAAACAGUGACUUCAACUUUGACAACGUUCUUCAAGGCAUGAUGGCCUUGUUUGCUGUGUCUACUUUUGAAGGAUGGCCUGGCCUCCUGUACAAAGCCAUAGACUCCCAUGCUGAAGAUGCUGGCCCCAUCUACAACUACCGUGUGGUCAUCUCUGUCUUCUUUAUCAUCUAUAUCAUCAUCAUCGCCUUCUUCAUGAUGAACAUCUUUGUCGGUUUUGUCAUUGUUACAUUCCAGGAGCAAGGAGAGCAGGAGUACAAGAACUGUGAGCUGGACAAGAACCAGCGCCAGUGUGUGGAGUAUGCUCUAAAGGCACGGCCUCUACGCAGGUAUAUUCCAAAGAAUCCAUACCAGUAUAAGGUGUGGUAUGUGGUCAACUCCACCUACUUUGAAUAUCUGAUGUUCACUUUAAUCCUGCUAAACACCAUCUGCUUGGCAAUGCAGCAUCAUGGUCAAUCACCAUCCUUCAACAAAGCCAUGAACAUCCUCAACAUGGUUUUCACUGGUCUGUUCACUGUGGAGAUGAUCCUCAAACUUAUUGCCUUCAAACCCAGGGGUUAUUUCAGUGAUCCUUGGAAUGUUUUUGACUUCCUCAUCGUAAUUGGCAGCAUUAUAGACGUCAUUCUCAGUGAAAUAAAUCCAGCUGACCCUUCUUCCUCUACUCCUUCCUCUGUGGUAAGACCAAUGGGGCUCCAGAAUACUGAAGAUAAUGCCAGGAUUUCCAUUACCUUCUUCCGCCUCUUUCGAGUUAUGAGAUUGGUUAAGCUGCUUUCACGUGGAGAAGGAAUUCGGACCUUGCUGUGGACCUUUAUCAAAUCUUUCCAAGCACUUCCUUAUGUAGCAUUGCUCAUAGUGAUGCUUUUCUUCAUCUACGCUGUUAUUGGAAUGCAGAUGUUUGGUAAGAUAGCACUGAGAGACAAUAGCGAGAUCAACCGUAACAACAAUUUUCAGACAUUUCCGCAAGCUGUGCUGCUGCUUUUCAGAUGUGCAACAGGUGAGGCCUGGCAGGAGAUAAUGCUGGCCUGCUCCCCUAACCGCCCAUGUGAAAAGGGUUCUGAAGAGGCCCCUACUACUGAGGAGUGCGGCAGUCAUUUUGCCAUCAUUUACUUUGUUAGUUUCUACAUGCUCUGUGCCUUUCUGAUUAUCAACCUGUUUGUGGCUGUUAUAAUGGACAAUUUUGACUAUCUGACGCGAGAUUGGUCCAUACUAGGACCACAUCAUCUUGAUGAGUUCAAGAGGAUAUGGGCAGAGUAUGAUCCUGAGGCAAAGGGAAGGAUUAAGCAUCUGGAUGUGGUGACUUUGCUUAGAAGGAUUCAGCCACCGCUGGGGUUUGGCAAACUCUGUCCCCACAGAGUGGCCUGCAAGCGCCUGGUAUCCAUGAACAUGCCUCUAAACAGUGAUGGAACAGUAAUGUUUAAUGCUACUCUGUUUGCCUUGGUCCGCACAGCCCUUCGCAUUAAAACUGAAGGUAAUCUGGAGCAGGCAAACGAAGAACUGAGGGCAAUCGUAAAAAAAAUCUGGAAGAGGACUAGUAUGAAGUUGCUGGACCAGGUUGUUCCCCCAGCAGGAGAUGAUGAGGUGACAGUUGGAAAGUUCUAUGCCACAUUCCUCAUCCAGGAAUACUUCAGGAAGUUCAAAAAGCGGAAAGAGCAGGGCUUAGUGGGUAAAGUGCCUCCAAAAACAGCUCUCUCGCUGCAGGCUGGCCUGCGUACACUGCAUGAAAUGGGCCCAGAAAUACGGAGAGCAAUAUCAGGAGACCUCACUGCAGAGGAGGAGCUGGAGAAGGCCAUGAAGGAAACAGUGUGUGCUGCAUCUGAAGAUGAUCUCUUCAGGGUGAAGCGAUCAGAUGGUUUCUUUAGAAACCACAUGAACUAUUAUCAUCAGAGUGAUGACAGCACUGAUUUCCCCUCAUCCUUCACCAGUCAGCGGCCACUGCACCUCAGCAAGUCAGGCAGCCCUGGAGAGGGCAAGUCACCAUCUCGUGAGAAACUGGUGGACUCCACCUUCACCCCAAGCAGCUACUCCUCCUCAGGUUCCAAUGCCAACAUCAACAAUGCCAACAACACAUCCAUCAGCCACUGUUACCCAUCCAUUAACACAGUGGAUGGGAACACCAAGCCCCUGCUCAUACCUGUACUACUCCCAUGCUCUACAUGGCCCUUCCCCAAUAAAAGCUCAGACGUGGGUGAAUAUUAUUUCCCAGUAAUCCCUCGGGGACAGGCAGUUAAAGAUGAAAUACAUGACAAGAUGGUUACAGAGACUGAAUGCCAACAAGAGCAGGACAUACUCUCCACUAAAAUGUUGCAGAAUGACGAGUGUAAGCAGUUAGCUGUGAUGGAAGACACAGAUGGAUGUGGGAACAGAAGACCAUGGCAAUUUCCCCAACAAACUGUUCUCUGUCCAACUGCACUAAGUCAAAGAUCUUCCUUUCAUCUAGACUGUCUGAGCAGACAGAGCAAAACUGAAACUUCACAAAAGACAGUUUUGCCCCUGCACUUUGUCCAGCAUCAGUGGGGUGCGAUGCAGACUGCAGACAUGGUUGCUCAGCCUCCAACAAAUAAAAAGUGUUGAUAUCAGGACACUUGGACUGCUACUCACAGGACCCUUCAUUUGUCAAGGUGGCC